AUGCUGGACGAUAACCUACCAACGUUCUUUUUGAAGAACAAUUCGCAGACACCGCAGCAAAGCACAAUCUUCCAUCGCCAACAUGGCAAUGAAGUGGAACCAGCUUAUACUCUGAAAUACCUCGACCCCGCCGCCCAAACAUCACAAAACCGCUAUGGCGUCGCCCUCUACGAUCCCUACGUCCCGGACAUCGUCUACGGUGAAGUCGCCGUGACUCCCGAAUGGACACAACCAAGUCUGUCGGCAGAUACAAUUCGAGCAAACGGCGGCGCCGCUCCUCCUCCAGAACCCAUCCUUCCCACCGAAUUCUCCAUCCAACUCUACAACCCCGACCAGCAAAUCGUGAUCCGUCACAAGCCCAAAACGUGGAACAAACCAGCACGAUGGGAGUUCGAGAUGCCACAGCGCUCAUUUCGAGUCCCCUCCUCUUCGACCCUAGAUCGCACGCAGAGUGAUCCCGCUGCUGCAGAGGUGACUCCCAAACUGCGCUUCAGUUGGCGCAAAGAUGGAAAGCUCUCCAAAGACCUCUCCUGUCUGCUUCACGGGAAAUCCACCACGAUCGCAGAGACAAAGAAUAAAAGCCGCGAGCCUGAUAUCACCGUCGCUAUCUUCCAGGGCCUGAAAGAGUUGACACUAUACGAACCAAACCUAUACCGCGUCGAAAUGGAGGAUUUCAAGGGCCUGGAGGUCGUCCUGUUGCUAGCCGCAGUAGCCAUCCGCGACAUUUUCUUCGGCCCAGCCAAAGAAGCCUUCCACAUCGUCCCCGGCGCCGUCCCGACCGCACAAAACGGCAAACCGCAAGCGGCCGCCGCAACAGGUCGCAAGACUCCGAAUCCCCAGCCCCAAGCGCCGGCCCAGGCCACAGGCGCAACCCCAGCCCGCAAGCCCGACCCAAGACGACACUCAAUCAUGAACCCGCAAUCCCCCGGCCCGCAGGUACGGCGCCAACAAGACGAGCUAGCAGCGCAAGAAGAACGCCGCACCCAGGAACUACUCGCAGCGGAGCAGCGAGAACAAGAAACCGCACGACGACGAAAAGAGGCCGAGCUGGAAUCCGAGACGAAGCGCCUACAGGAGAUUUACGGACAAGAGGAACAAAGAGUCAGAAUGCAGCAACCCCGUCCCCAUCCUGACACAUCUCCUACCUCGCGACCGAAUCUUCCCCUCCGUCACAGCGGGCCUGAGGCCCCGUACAACUCGCAUCGCUACUCCCAAUCGCAGGCUUUCCUCGGUGCUCAGGCCCCAACACAACCCCCUCGCCAUACGCGCCCGCAAUCGUAUUAUCCGCAAGCCAAUCCAGCGCCGACGUUUGCGAAUAGUCCGUACCUCCAGAAUCCUGCGCACCUUGAUCCACGAUCCCAGUCUACUGUCAGUUUUGGCCCGCCUCGGCCUCAGGCUACGGGUGCUGGGGCGCCGAAUCGCGUCCCUGUUAGCAAUGGGGCUUUGGCGCCUGGACAAGCGCCCCGCCCUCAGCUUCAGCCUAAGAAAAGUAGCUUCUUUGGGCUGAGGCGGAAUAAGGAGGAGGCGCGGGCCCCGAACAAGUUGGAUAAGAAGCGGAGCUCCAUGUUUUGA